AUGGUCGUCGCGUGGGAAAUUGGAACAGCAAUCAACGUGCAUCCUUCCUUGAAAGACCCAGCCCCCCGACUAAGACAUUUCAGCCGGGGGAAAUUCCGGUCACGGACGCAUGCUCCCUUAUCUGGGCCUUGGUCGGCGCAUAUUGUUCCCAGCAAAGAAAUAAGUUCGCUCUUGCCUGGAAACAACCCCGUUUUACUCACGGCCAUUCGCAUGGGUGUACAGCUUGGUGUAUUCCAGAUGAUCCGCGACCACCAAGGGGAGGGAGCAACUACUGAGCAGAUCGCGAGCCAGUCAGGGGCAAGUCUUAUCGUUGUCGAUCAGAUCCUGAGGUUGCUAACCGCCGCGGGAUAUGUGUCAGAGGCAGGGGUCCAAACCUACAAGCCUUCCCCUCUCACCAUGGCGAUGGCAGAUGGGACGCUUGAGGCGAUGACUAGAGCAUGUUUCGAUAUUGGAAACUACUGCAGCACCUAUGCCCCAGAGUACUUCCGUCAGAAUAACAAUCAGUUCCCGACAUCCGCAGAAGAUACUCCCUUCCAGCUAGCAAAGAAGACUCCCCUCAGUUACUUCGAAUGGCUGGGAGAGAACCCGUCCCUGGCUAAGGACUUCCAGCAAUGGAUGACACUCAAGCAGCAAGCAACCCCAAACUGGGUGGACUGGUUCGAUGUUCGAGGAAACCUCCUCCAUGGCUUUCGCAACCGGCCAGAUGAUGUCUUGCUUGUGGAUGUGGGUGGCGGCGAAGGUCACUACCUCCACGCAUUCAAUGACAAAUACCCUGAUGCCCCGGGUCGUCGCAUUUUGCAAGAUUUACCGCAAGUGAUUUCCACCAUUAACAAAACCCCAAAGGAUACUGAGUUGAUGGCGCAUGAUUUCUUUACCGUUCAACCGGUGAAAGGCGCUCGAGCAUAUUAUAUGCAUUGGAUCCUUCAUGACUGGCGAGAUGAGCAAGCUCACAGUAUCCUCAGCCAUAUUGUUGAUGCCAUGGAGCCAGGGUAUUCUAAAUUAAUCAUCAACGACCAGAUCAUCCCUGAUCGGGAUUGCGACUUCGCCACCGCUUGUAUCAGCAUCAUGAUGAUGCUCCAGGUAGGUGCUUUCGAACGCACCGAGAAGCAAUGGCGUGCUCUUCUUACAUCCGUCGGCUUGAAGGAUGUCUCCUUCUACCAACCACCGGGCAAUGGGGAGGGCAUCAUUGUUGCCACCAAGGCGUGA